CCAGCAUGGCAGUCAAAAGUCGAGUCGGUCUCUCCUUCUUCACACAAUUUGACAUCUCACUGAUAAAUAAACCACAUACGCAUUAAAUAUAUACAUAUAUACAUAUAUAAAUUAAUACCAAAGUAAAUAACGAAAGCUAGAUUUUUGAAUAAACAAAUUUUAAAAAAUUUAAUUAUCUAGAUCUUUUCUCCAUGGACUUUAUUAUCGCCACCAAUUGAUAACCGUCGACUUUUAUUGUUAUUAUUUUAUUUUUUUAAUUAAAAACUACAUAUACUUUUAUGAUAUCGCAACAUCAUGGGUGGAUUACUCAGUUAUUUUCGUAAUUUACUUGGAAGUCGGGAAAUGAGAAUUCUUAUACUGGGUCUUGAUGGGGCUGGUAAAACUACAAUACUCUAUAGACUUCAAGUUGGUGAAGUUGUCACGACAAUACCGACAAUUGGGUUUAAUGUCGAACAAGUUACGUAUAAAAAUCUUAAGUUUCAAGUUUGGGAUCUUGGUGGACAAACAAGUAUACGGCCUUACUGGAGAUGCUAUUACUCAAAUACAGACGCAGUAAUAUAUGUAGUAGACUCAGCAGACAGAGAUAGAAUAGGGAUUUCCAAAGACGAACUUCUCUACAUGCUGCGGGAAGAUGAAUUGCAAGGAGCAAUUUUAGUAGUAUUAGCAAACAAACAGGACAUGCCAGGAUGUUUGAGUGUCGCCGAAGUUCAUCAGGCUCUAGGAUUAGACGCAUUAAAAAAUCGUACAUUUCAAAUAUUCAAAACUUCCGCCAAAAAAGGGGAAGGUCUUGACCAAGCGAUGGACUGGCUCGCUAAUGCCCUGCAGAGUCGAAAAUAAUUAUUUUAUUA